AUGGCGUUCUCUCCCGUGGCCGUGGGCUCGGAGGCGUCGCCGGAGCCGGGCGGCAGCGGGAGCCCGGGCGAAGAGGCGGAUGGAGAGCGGGAGCUGCUGCCGCGGCUGGGCGAGAGGCUGGUGCCCGGGAACCGCCUGAAGGAAGUGGUGGGCGCGUCCUUGGCGUCGCUGUGCCUCGGGCCCCUCGCCGGACCGCAGCGCCUCGGGACCCUCGUGGAUUGCCUGGUGCUGAACUACCGCCUGCGGCAGGGGCUGGGCUGGAGCCGGGACCGCGGGGCCGCGGCGGAGGGCGGGGGCGCGGCCGAGGGGCCGCUGCGCUGCUGCGGCUGCGGCAGGUUCCUGAGCGAGCCGGUCACCGUCCCGUGCGGGCACACCUACUGCCGCCGCUGUCUCCGGAGGGAGCUGCGGGCCCGCUGCCGCCGCUGCCGGGACUGGCUGUUGCCGGCGGGGGACACCAGCACGGCCGCUGCCCCGCUGCGGACCAGCGUCGUCCUCAACCAGCUGGCGGAGAAGUGGUUCCCGGACGAGUGCGAGAGGGCGAGGACCGGGAGGCAGCUGGAGGAGCUGCUGGCCCAGGGCCGCUUCCGAGAGGCUCUGGGCGCCGCCAGCCAGGCUCUGCGAGCAGAUUCCAGUGACUUGAUGCUAAGAAUUUACAGAGCUGAGUCAUAUGUUGGCCUCCAAAAAUAUAAAACAGCCAUAGAAGAUCUAAAUUUUGUUAUUUCUAAAAUGCCAAACUGGCCAGAGGUCUACUUCCGGAAAGGAAAAGUGCUGCAAGACUCUGGCUUUGUAGGUGAUGCCUUACAACUGUUUCUACAGUGCUUAGCCCUUGAUGAGGACUUUCUUCCAGCCAAGCUAGAAGUAGAAAGGAUACUGUGUGAUGUGCUGUCACCAGAGAAGUUAGGAGAGAGUCUGAAGGAAUCUGCGUGGAAUUCACCACAUAUUCGAAAUAAACCUUUUAUACUUGGUUCUGAGGUGACUGAGUCUUACUGCAACUUACAACUUUGUUCUGAGCAGAGUUUAGGAGGUUCAGAAGUACUGGAGCCUGUCAGUGGAAGCUUAAAUCGCGCACAGUCUGCCCAUGCUCUUAACUCCACAAAAGACCUUGCCAAGGAAGAUGGCUUAAAGAGAGUGUCUUCUGAACCCCUUCUUUCUGGCCAAGAAAAAGGUGCUUUGUUGAAAAGAAAGCUUUCCUUUUCAGAACAGGAUACAGUUGUAUGUGAAGAUGGAAGAAACAAACACAAAAAGCAAGGAGAAAGUACAAAAAGGGACAUGACACUGGCUUUUGGAACAAUUCCAGGGGAUUUGAUUGAUGUAUCAGAUUUUGAGUGCUCUUUAUGUAUGAGGCUAUUCUUUCAGCCAGUGACAACCCCUUGUGGACAUACUUUUUGCAAAGGUUGCUUGGAACGGUGUUUAGACCAUGCUCCUCAGUGUCCACUCUGUAAGGAGAGUUUGAAAGAGUACCUUGCAAGCAGAAAAUAUAGCAUCACAGAACUGCUGGAGGAAUUAAUAAUGAAAUAUUUGUCUGAUGAAUUAUAUGAGAGAAAAAGAAUUCAUGCUGAAGAAACCGCUGAACACUCAAACUUGACCAAGAAUGUUCCAAUGUUUGUUUGCACUAUGGCAUAUCCUACUGUGCCUUGCCCUCUACAUGUGUUUGAGCCAAGAUACCGACUAAUGAUUCGCAGAAGUAUGGAAACUGGGACUAAACAGUUUGGGAUGUGUAUAAGUGAUUCUCAAAAUGGUUUUGCAGACUAUGGAUGCAUGCUGCAAAUUAGGAAUGUUCAUUUUCUACCUGAUGGACGGUCUGUUGUUGAUACAGUUGGUGGAAAGAGAUUUAGAGUUUUACGGAGAGGGAUGAAAGAUGGUUAUUGCACUGCAGACAUCGAAUAUUUGGAAGAUGUUAAGGUUGCUGAUGAAGAAGAACUAAAGAAACUGAGAGAACUUCACAAUUUUGUUUACAAUCAGGCCUGCAGUUGGUUCCAAAACUUAAGAAACAAAUUUCGCACUCAAAUUCUUCAGCACUUUGGGCCAAUGCCUGACAGGGAGGAAAAUAUACAGGCAAUGCCCAAUGGUCCUGCUUGGUGUUGGUGGCUUCUAGCUGUUCUCCCAGUAGACCCCAGAUAUCAGCUGUCAGUUCUCUCCAUGAUGUCUUUAAAAGACCGUCUGAUAAAAAUCCAACAUAUACUCACAUAUUUUUCUAGAGACCAGUCCAAGUGACUAACCGCCUGGGUCUUCCUGAAAAGUUACUCUGUUCUGGUUGUGGUAGCAGCUGGAAUUUUUGCUGCCUUUGCACAUCUAGUGCUGGUUUGAGAAGUGUAAUGGAACUGCUUUU